CACUAACGGUUGAUUUGAGUUGUUCCUGUUCUGCUCUGUGUUUUGUUGCUCGUGCUUUGUCUUCGCUGUUUCCUUCUCACGUUCUGUCCUAUGUUCCUUUUCUCAUGGACUGAACAUCCUCCCUCUUUCCCCGAGUGUGUUUGCAGUGCGCCAGCAGAGGGCAGCAGAGCGGCUGGAGCGUCCGGAGGCCUGGAGUCUGUACUUCCGUGUCUGUGUCUGUGCGCGGCGGCGUUAGCUCCGUGCGCCUUCAGUGCGUGUGUGCGCGCUGCACCGGAGCCUUAAAGCGGACAGAGCGCACUGAAACAUGGCACAAGUGAAGCUGAAGGAGGAGCCGGAGCUGUGGGAGCCGAACGACGUGGACAACAGAGAUUCACGUGAUUUCAAAGAGGAUCCAGACUGCAGAGGUAUUCAGACCCAAACUGCGGUGGUCCAAGUUAAAGAAGAGCCAGAAGAAAUGAAAAUCCCACAAAGCCCAAUUCUGCGCGUCAUUGUCAAGAGCGAAGACGAGGAUGAGGAAAACGAGGAGCAAGAGUCGAGUUGCCGUGGUGCCGUGAAAGAGGAGAGCGGACAGGGCGAGGAGGAGCGAGAGGAGAGCGCAGCAGCAGAUGUAGAGUCCGAGAAUGGAGAACAUUGCUCUGGCACUGAUGACUCCGAAGACUGGACACCUAAAAGUUCCAAACACUCAAAGCCCAGUGUGCGGCGGCAGGAGGCGGCGCACAAGAACAAUGGAACAGCAGCCCCGGGAAAUCUUCACAAAUGUACUCAGUGUGGGAAGGAGUUUGACACCCGCACCAAACUCAAAGUACACGAGAAGAACCACCUAACUGACCGACCUUUCAGCUGCCCCUUCUGUGAAAGAGGAUUCAAAAAGAACGGCGCGCUGAGAACUCACAUGAGAAUCCACACGGGAGAAAAACCAUUCACGUGUUCAGUCUGUGCCAAGGAUUUUCAGUACGGGAUCACACUAAAGGCCCACAUGAGGACGCACACCGGAGAGAGACCUUUCAGCUGCUCAGUUUGUGACAUGGGUUUUGCUACAGAAUACCUCCUCAAAGUGCACGUGCGGUCUCACACGGGAGGGGAGACUUUCAGGUGUCCAGUUUGCGCUAAAGAUUUCAUCACAGAAAACCGUCUGAAGCGCCACAUCACCAUCCACACUAAAAACAGACCUUUUGGGUGUUCGAUGUGCGGGGAGAGCUUCUCGACGAGCAGCCGCCUGCGCACUCACACCAGAGUCCACACGGGGGAGCUGCUGUUCACCUGUGCCAUCUGUGAUAAAGACUUCGCUCGCAAAAGCUUCCUGAAGAAACAUAUGAGGUCUCACACAGGAGAGAGACCUUUCAGCUGUUCAGUCUGUGAAAAGAGCUUUGCUCAUAAGUACAACCUCCAAAAACACAAAUGCUCCAGACCAACACUCCCAAACCAACAGCAGGGACCAGUAUGACUGUCUGUGUUUAUACAUCUGUAUCUUCACAUCGUAGACUGUGUGUGUCAUGGAAACCAAUCAAACGUGUUGUUAAAGCUGUCGGGAAAGAAGGCGCCUGAUUGGUCUGUUACUAAUGUUCAUAUCUUGAUUUGGAGACAAAACGGUGAAAGAAACCUGACUGCAGCGGUUAUAGAGAGAGAGGACUUUGUACAUAGUGAAGUGGAGUCGAUGGAGCCGGAAGCACGCCCAUGUUCACUUCCUGUUUGGAACACGGUGGCGAGAGUGUGAGCUGUGUCCAUUUCUAUACAGUCUGUGGUCCAAUCACAACUGAAUGUGUUUUGCUAGAACCUGCAGGUGGAGGACACGUCUCCCUUUGUCUCAUUCUCAGUAUAUGGAUAUGUGUCAUGUGAAUGCUCAGAAGCUCCACAAUUCCAUCACUGAGCUGCAGAGGUGUGAACAUGUUUACCUUGUAUGUGCGAACACGUGUAUGACAUUUAAAAUAAAACUUCUACAUACCCUC